AUGAAGAAGUUUUAGUUUGGUUUAUUGGAACAAAUAGAUAUUAAAUUUCUUCCUUAAAAUAAUCCUCAAAUUGCACCCACUAUAUAUUACGGAAUAAUACUUAGAGUUUAAGAAAACUGCAACAAAAACACUUCAUUAUUAUUGAAAAAUUUAGAAACUAAAAAACUUAUAUGGAGUGAUUUAAAUUAGGCUGACUUAAAUAUUUGGACUUCUUUAAAUUUUCCUUAAUUGUCAUAAUAAGAGCUAAAAUAUAAUUAUAUACUUGACGUAUAUAAAGAAGAGCACGAGGAUGUAAAAGAACUAAUAAAGAAGUAUUUUUUGAAGUCUUUUUACGAAAAAAAUUAAUAAGGUGAAGAAGCUUCUAUAUUAUUUAAUGCCUUGAAAAAAAUUAAUAAAUAUACAUUUGAUAAUAUGCCAUUCGAAAUGAGAAAAAAAGAAAGAUGUGCCCAAUGUAAUUAUAUUCUUUAUAAUUUAAAAUUUACUGUUUGUUAAUAUUGCCAAUUGUAUUAUCAUGCAUAAUGCGUUUAAGAUUAAGAAAACUUUGUGUGUGAAUAAUGUAGACCAUGUACAAUUUGUUAUGGAAAAAUAAAUAAAGACAAUAUUACAUGUUGUGAAUGUAAAUCUAGAUUUCAUAAAAAAUGUGGAUUCUCAAUAGCCCAUGACUUAAGGAUUGUAGAUAAAUAAUAUGGAGUUAAAUUAUAUUGCGAGUCCUGUGUAAAAUGCUGUAUGUGUGGCGUUAAAUUACUAAAUGCAGUUAAUGGAUAUUAAUUUUAAGAUGAUUAAAUAUACUGUAAUGAAUGUAUUUAAUAAUUAGAAAAAAAAGAAUAUUGUCCAGUCUGUAGAUAGUUUUGGUAAAAAGAAUGCACUAAAGAUAUGGUUUAGUGUUCUUGUUAAAUGUGGAUACAUAAAGAAUGUGACCCUCAUUUGAAAAAUUAUAAAGAAUAAGCAAUUUAUCAUUGUCCUAAUUGCAGAAUAAAAAUGAAAAGAGUCAUUUAUUGUUAAUUUAUUAAUAUUUUAUCUCAUCUUGAUUUCCAAAAAUUCUAUACAAAAAGUGAAUUCGAAAAGAUACCAAACUACCUAGAAUCAAUUAAAAAUCCUAUAGACCUUGAAAUGAUGAAAACUAAAGCCUCCUAAGGAGAAUAUGACGGAAAUUUUUCUUAUGACCUCCUUUUAAACGAUUUCCAUUUAUUAAUAGAAAAUGCUUUAGAAUUUAAUGCCCAUAAUCACGAGGCUUAUAAAGAAGCGGCUAAAUUAAAUCUUUUGGGAAAAGUUGCUUUUUAAUAUUUUAAAGAAAAUCUUUAAGUCUAAGAAAAUCAAUUAAUAUUUACAGAAUGUAAUGCUUUUAAAAGAAAAAAUCUAGCCACUUGCAUAGUUUAUAUUUAAAAUUAAGAAUACAAUCAAAACCUUUAAAAUGAUGUUAUAAGUAGUCCUAUAAAUGAUAUUUUAUGCUAAUUAUGUUAAUUAAGUGGUCAUCGAAAGUUAAAUGGAAGAUUAUUAAAUUUCCAUAUUGACUAAUGGGUCCAUACAAACUGUGUAUUAUGGAGCAAUGAUGUAAGCGAAAGUGAAGAUGGAGGAUUAAAAUUCAGUAUAUCUUCUCUUAAAAAAUCAUAAUCUAAUUAUUGUAAACACUGUGAAAAAUCAGGAGCUACCGUUUUUUGUUUAAUUUUUAUCUAAAUGAAAAAAAAAAAAGAUUCCUAUCUUGUUAAUACCGCAAUUUUUGAUGAAAAUCAUCCUUUAAUCGAAUAAAUAGCCCUAAAACAAAAUAACAUACAAAAUAGCGAAUCUAUAGAAAUAGAAAGUAGUCAAUAAUCUCUAAAUAUAAUCAGUUUGAUUUCUGAAAAGCUUAUUUUUACAGGUAAUAAUUACACAUAAAGCCAAGUAUAUUCAGUUUAAGAAAUGAAUAAUUUAAUCCAGGAAAAAACGCAAUUAUAAAAAACAAAUAAUUAAAUGAAUAAUUCUGUCAUAAAAUACAUUGGAUUCGACAUCCCUUAAAUAAUAAAAGAAAUUCAAAAACAUAAUUAAUAACAAUAAAGUUCUUUUAAGAAAAUAAAAAAUUAGAGUAUAACCACAUUCAAAGAAUUAUUUUAUAAAGAUAAUAUAGAGUAAAUGAAUUCAUUCGAAAAAUAAAAAUUAUUGGAAAAAACACAUCAGAUUUUCAUCUAAAAUUUAAAAACUAAAGGCCAGUAAAUAAACUCAAAUAUAAUUCCAGAAAAUAUUCCAAUUCUUUAAUCUUUUGGGUAAAAAAAACAUGAACUUCAAUCCCAUUUUUCGAAAUAAAACUAAAAAUCAGAACUCAAAAACAACUUAUAUAUAAGGCCUGAAGAUAUUAUGUAGGAAGCCAACCCUAAUUAUAUGAAAUUCGAUACCAAAUAAACAUUAAGAGAAAAAGAAAUAGAAAGAAAAAUAAAAUAAGAAUAUGCUAAUUAUAUUGCAGAUAAAAAAAAACAUUUAAAUUUAUAUGCUGGACCUUCUAAAAUACAUAAAUAUGGUCUAUUUGCUAAAAAACAUUUUUUAUAAGAUGAUAUUGUAAUUGAAUAUUUAGGUGAAACAAUAAGAUAAGUAUUAGCAGAUUAUAGAGAAAAAAUAUAUAAUUAAAAAGGUUUCGGAGAUUGUUAUAUGUUUAAAGCUGGCCCUAAUAAAAUUAUAGAUGCUACUUUUAAGGGAAACGAAGCUCGUUUUUUGAAUCAUUCUUGUUAACCUAAUUGUGCAAGUCAGGUUAUUGAAUAUGAAAAAGAUACUAAAAUUAUUAUUUAUGCUAAAACGGAAAUUUAACCAGGUGAAGAAUUAACUUAUGAUUAUUGUUUUGAUAUAGAAGAAGAAAAAUUAGUAUGUAAUUGUGGUGAUCCAAAAUGUACUGGAAAAUUAAAUUGA